UCCCAUUCCCAUUCCCAUUCCACUUCCAUUUCCAUUUCGUCCCGUCCCCAUUCAUUCAUUCGUUACCAGAGAGACGAGACGACGACUACGGGGAGCGAGGGGCAGAGUUCGGAUCUCUAUUCCGGAGAUUUUUGUCUAGUUGGUGGUGAAGGAGGAUGCUGAGGGCUGUGGCGAGGUGCUGCGGGCACUGGCCGCCGGGCGCGGCGGCGGCGGACGGCAUGCUCUGGCAGACGGAGCUGCGGCCGCACGCGGCGGGGGAGUUCUCCAUGGCCGCCGCGCAGGCCAACCUCGUCAUGGAGGACCAGGCGCAGGUGCUCGCCUCCCCCUCCGCCACGCUCGUCGGCGUCUACGACGGCCACGGCGGCCCCGACGCCUCCCGCUUCCUCCGCUCCGCCCUCUUCCCCCACGUCCAACGCUUCGCCAGGGAGCAGGGGGGCGUGACCGCGGAGGCGAUCCGGAGGGCGUUCGGCGCGGCGGAGGAGGACUUCCUGCACGAGGUCCGCCAGGCCUGGCCCAAGCGCCCGCGGAUGGCCGCCGUCGGCUCCUGCUGCCUGCUCGGGGCCAUCGCGGGGGACACGCUCUACGUCGCCAACCUCGGCGACUCCCGCGCCGUCCUCGGCCGCCGCGUCGUCGGCGGCGGGGUGGCCGUCGCCGAGCGCCUCUCCACCGACCACAACGUCGCCUCCGAGGAGGUCCGGAUGGAGGUCUCCUCGCACAACCCGGACGACGCGCAGAUCGUGGUGCACACCAGGGGGGCCUGGAGGAUCAAGGGGAUAAUUCAGGUGUCAAGAUCCAUUGGUGAUGUAUACUUGAAGAAACCGGAGUAUAGCUUGGACCCAUUAUUUCGGCAGAUCGGCCCUGUUAUUGCAUUGAAGAGGCCUGCUCUUAGCGCUGAACCACAAAUCCAUGUUCGCAAGCUCAAACCAAACGAUCAGUUUAUAAUAUUUGCCUCGGACGGUCUUUGGGAGCAUCUCAGCGAUGAUGAUGCUGUGCAAAUUGUCUUCAAGAACCCAAGAACGGGUAUAGCAAACCGAUUAGUGCGGUCCGCCUUGAAGGAGGCCACGAAGAAGAGAGAGAUCAGUGUGCAUGACCUGAGGACGAUAGAGCGGGGCGUGCGGCGCCAUUUCCACGACGACAUCAGCGUCGUCGUGGUGUACCUCGACCGGCACCGCGGUCGCCGUCAGACCAGGGUGGUGGACUCCAGCAGCAACUGCACCAGCGCCCCCGUCGACAUCUACUCCUCCUCCAGCUCCAUCCAGUCGGUGCAGCCACGUCAGGCUUACCGUGACUCCGGUUAAUAGACCAGAUAAGACGGGACUCCGGUUAGUAGACCAGAUAAGACGGGCAGCAGAAGCUCAGACUAUAUGAUCAUGGUGGUAAACGGUGGUAGGGUUGCAGAUCAGCAACGCAGACUGCAACCCGCAAGCUGCAGUGGCAGCGUCCGAAAGAGAUGCGCGGAAUGUACAUAAGUAGUGCGGGCGCGUGGAACUUUUGUCUGAAGAGAUGAUUUUUUCGUAUGUAAUUGCAGAAUUUGACUCUCUUUUUUCGUUUAUCUCUGCUUAGCCAGCAGUUAACCCGUGAACUAGAACGGUGGCAGUAUAUAUAUGAUACUGAAAUUUAGAAAA